AAGCAACAGGGGACCAGUCCGCACAAACCAUCAGCAAGGCGAACGAUACAUGUGAGACGACCGCAAGAGCGCUGACAUCGAAUAUAAAAGCUGUUUGAAAAGGUGCUAUGCUCUGACAGCAUGUCUUGCUAUAUUCAAGAAGAUGUACUGGACGGGAUAACAAUCACAGCCAUAGCGCCAGCCUGAAACCUAUGCGUACCACCGCCUAAUUCCCACCGUUGUCCACCCAUGCUCCUCAUCCUUUCUGCAAGCAGAUCCACCAACGCGACCUACCGCAAUGCCACAACAGGUCUCGUGCACUACAAAGUGACGACCCCCAUCCGCGUGCAUCAACUCACCACCACCAUCCUCAGGCGCCUUGACGACACGGAGCUAGCUGCUGUGUCUCCCGGAGUGAGCCGAGAGCUCGAGGGAGAGCCUGCGUGGGCUGAAGAUGGCAGGCGGCGAGCGGCUCCUUCGGACGAGCGAUUCGCGUUUCUGGCCAGCGUGUCCUUCAAACUCAUUGGAUGGCAGACUAUUAUCAACUUCAGAGGUCAGGAGUUCAAACCGGCCGGAUAUCUGCGUUCGAAGAAACGAGGGAUGCUUGACUGGUGAGCACACCGACUAGCAGCUGUGCGGGACCGCUGGGAUUGACCAGGAGACAGGGGGUACACGUUCACGGCCGCAGAUGGAAAGGACUAUCACUGGUCAGUAUCGCAAUGGUCCACCAAGGUGCGUCGACUCAUGUACCCCCGCUACAUGACGAUACAUUGGCAGGAAAGUUGGCCGUCGACGAUGAGACGCGCGCCCCGGUCGCUGAAUAUCUCGUGAAAAGUCUUGGCGUCAUCUCCGAGAGAAAGGACGCGACGAUCGAGAUUUUCCCCGCGUUCGAGUAUAUGGCAGAUGAGAUCAUGUUGACGUUUAUCUGUGUCGAGAAGUAUAGAAGAUCACAGGUGGACAAACACGAGAGACUUUGAGCUUCUCGCCGCGUGUUAUCAAGCUAGUACGGCAGAUGACUAGAAUGUUGCAUGCAUCCGCAAGCCAACGUUGCAAGCAGCGAGAGGCAAAAACGAAGCGGAGUUGCAGUGGUUUUGAUCCAAUGAUCAGAAGCAGUUCGUUUUGAGUCACGCACACCUGAGCAAGCUCCACGUUCCAAGCUGCAACGAAAAUGCUUGCGAUCCUCUCCGAAUCAUCAGUCCACUCCCCGAAAAAUGGAGCGGUCACUGAAUCGCCCGCGACCCGUGCAGGCAGAGCGGAAGUCGCGCGGCUAUAUCUAUGUCUUACUGAUGUCUUAUCCUCCAUGAGAGACAGCAUCCUACAACCUGAGCGACUCAUCUCUAGCGACAAACGCCAGGAAUCCCUGCCAUCUGGAUCAACCUUGUUCUUCUAUGCUGCCAUCAUCUUCAUCCCUGGUUCUCUUCCGCGUCGUCAUCUGUGUUUCAGGGGAAUGCAGCCGUCAAAGCGGCACGUCUGGCUCUAGUUCAGACGUCUUUACCGACAACAUUGUCCUAGCGCAGUCGCCACAUUCUCAAAUCUCUACCCCUCUUCCGGGCUCUCUCGACUCCAGCCCGAAGUUUCUGAGGGGUGUGAUUGAGAAUGCAGUGGUUACAGUCGACACUGCAGUCGUUCCCGUUAUAUCGGGUGUCUCUCUCAUCCCUGGGUCCCCGAGUUCCAUGGCUUCAAGUGCUGCCUUGGUAUCAGGGAUCGAAGCAAACGUCGCCAAUCUCGUCCAUGUGGUGAAUCUCGUGCUCUCUUCUGCUGUGAUUGCAGACGUCUCCUCCCAACUUGAACCGCCUGUGCGGAAUGUUAUCUCCGCUCUGAACGAUAUUAUGACGACUACGGCGUUGCUCACCAGACACCAGAUCGUCGCCAUCAACACUUCUCUGAACAUGCUUCAACGCGUUCUGCGGCCAAAUAAGGAGACGUCUCCUGCAGCGCUCAUCCUCGUGUUAGCCUCCAUGAAGCCACUUUCUCCUGCAAUCAGCAAUGCUGUGCCCAUGUUGGGUCCCUCCGGGCCGGCCUUUUCUCUGGCUCAAGCGCUUGCUUGAGCUCGUGACGAACUGAGGAGCCAUAUCUCGCUUCGAUUGUACUCUCGGUCUCGGAUCUUAUGAAAUAUGAAAUAUCUACGAUGUCCAUACCACUCCAAUCAGUUCCCGAUGUGUAUGA